AGGCGGGGUGUGAGAAGCGAAUAGAUUGAGACUAGCGUUCACUGUUGCCAGUACCUUCCUCCUUUUCCACCACCUCUAAUUUCGGCUCCAGUGAAUUGCCUGGAACUUGGGUUCUGGCAGCAGCAGCCGCAGCAGCAUCAGCAGCAACAGCAGCAGCACUGCUAACAGCAGUUCUGUGCCGAGGCGCCUGCACACCUCGCGUCCUCUUCUGCCAGACCGCGGGCCUGUCGGUGUCUGCCUCCACACGCCGGUCGACAGGACCAUGUCGCUGGUAAGCCAGAAUUCGCGCCGCCGCCGCCGCCGCAGUGCAAAGGCCACUGGGCACAACAGCGGCGAGGCUGAAAUGCAGGCCCCUAACGCUCCUGGUCUCCCUGCUGCCAUGCCGGGCCCAGACGUCCCUCAGGAUCCCAGCGAUCCUCAGAUCCUCCCGGGCCUCUGCGCCUCUAAAGGCCCAGGCACCUCUGUGCUGCCCACCCCUGAGGAGGGCCCGAGCACCUCUGUGCCGCCCACUGCCUCUGAGGGCUCAAGCUCCUCCGGGGAGCUCACCAUCUCUGAAGGGCUGAACACCUCCGAAUUGCCCACCCCCAGUGAGGAGCCAAGCACCUCCGGGCCUCCUACAGUCUCCGCGGGGCCGUGCACCGCCGUGUCAGUCACCGCUUUGGAGGGCCCAAGCACCCCUGUGCUGCCCACUGUCUCUGAGGGCUCAAAGGCCUCUGAGCAUCCCACUGCCUCUGAAGGGCCAAACAUCUCCGAGCUGUGUCUCUCUGAUGAGGGCCCAAGUACCUCUGCGCAGCUCACUCCCGGUGAGGGCCUGAGCACCUCGGUGCCGCCCACCUUCUCUGAGGAAUCCGGCAUCUCCGUGCCGCCCCCCUCUGGUGACGGCCUGAGCACAUCCGUGCCACAUACUGUCUCGGAGGGACCGGGCAUCAUCGUGUCGCUCCCCUCUAAUGAGGUUCCGGGCAUUUCCGUGCUGCCCAUCGCUUCUGAGGGACUGGGCAUCAACGUGCCGCCCACCUCUAGUGAGGGCCCGAACACCUCCGUGCCGCUCAUCAUUUCGGAGGAACCUGGCAUGGCCGUGCCGCCCCCCUCCGGUGAGGAAUUGAGCACCUCCAUGCCUCUCACCACCUCGGAGGAAUCUGGCGUCAACACGCCACCCACCUCCAUUGAGGAACUGAGCACCUCCGUGCCGCCCACUGCCUGUGAGGGUCCGAGCACCUCCCAGCUGCUCCCCCCAGCUGAGGGGGAGAGCACUUCCGUGCAACCCACUCCGGGUGAGGAUCCGAGCGCCUCUGUGCUGGCGAGCGCUUCUGAGGGACUUGGCACCUGCGGGCUGCUUCCCUGUGGUGAGGGCCCUAGCACCUCCACGCAGUGCCCCCUGGGAGAGGGCCCGAGCACCUCCCAGAUGCCCGCAGCUGCUGCGGGAGCGAGCGCUUGCGAGAUACCCGCUGCAGCUGAGAAUCCUGCUGCAUUGUUGCGCUCCAGUGCUUCUGCGGGCCCGAGCGCCUCCGAAUGCGCCAUUGCUUUGCCAAGCCCUAGAGUCUCCAGGGCCUCCUCUGCUUCUGUGCGUCCAAAAGGCGCAGAGGGCCCCAUGGAAUUCCAGGUUCUGAGAGAUAGUGAGAAUGCCAACUCCAUCACCAUUAUGGGUCUCGGCACUGCCCAAGUUGCCCUUACCCUGAAGCCUCAGGAUCCCAUGGAACAAAAUGUAGCAGAACUGCUGCAGUUUCUGCUGGUGAAGGAUCAGAGCAAGUAUCCUAUCCGGGAAUCUGAAAUGCGACAAUAUAUUGUCAAAGAAUACCGCAGCCAAUUCCCUGAGAUCCUCAGAAGAGCAGCAGCCCACCUGGAAUGCAUUUUUAGAUUUGAACUGAGGGAGCUUGACCCCGAGGAGCACACUUACAUCCUGCUCAACAAACUGGGACCUGUACCCUUUGAAGGGUUGGAAGACAGCCCCAAUGGGCCAAAGAUGGGCCUCCUGAUGAUGAUCCUAGGACAAAUAUUCCUAAAUGGCAACCAAGCCAGGGAAGCUGAUAUUUGGGAAAUGCUCUGGAGGAUGGGGGUGCAGCGUGAGAGGAGGCUUUCCAUCUUUGGGAACCCAAAGAGACUCUUGUCUGUCGAAUUUGUGUGGCAGCGUUACUUGGACUACAGGCCAAUAACUGACUGUACACCAGUGGAGUAUGAAUUUUUCUGGGGCCCAAGAUCUCACCUAGAAACCACUAAGAUGAAAAUUCUCAAGUUCAUGGCUAAGAUCUACAACAAAGAUCCUAUGGACUGGCCAGAGCAGUACAAUGAAGCACUGGAAGAAGAUGCUAUCAGAGCUGCUGCUGAUGACUGGCAAGCUGUCCCUCACUUUAGGAGACCCUUUUUUGAGGAAGUUUCUCCAGAGCUACUAGCUCCUGAUUCUGAGCUUCCUGGCUAUCCCUCAAAAUAUCCUCCACAUUCAUGGCCUGAAUCAAGAUUGGAGAGCAAGUCAAGGAAGUUGGUGCAGUUAUUUCUGCUUAUGGAUUCAACUAAGCUGCCUAUACCAAAGAAAGGAAUUCUGUAUUACAUUGGCCGAGAGUGUAGCAAAGUGUUCCCUGAUCUUCUGAAUCGCGCUGCACGCACCCUGAAUCAUGUGUAUGGGACAGAACUGGUGGUCCUUGAUCCCAGGAACCACUCCUACACCCUGUACAACAGAAGAGAAAUGGAAGAUACUGAAGAGAUUGUAGAUAGUCCAAACAGGCCUGGCAACAAUUUCUUGAUGCAAGUCCUAAGCUUCAUCUUCAUAAUGGGCAACCAUGCUAGGGAGUCGGCAGUCUGGGCCUUUCUGAGGGGCCUAGGGGUUCAGAAUGGGAGAAAGCAUGUGAUUACCUGUAGGUAUUUGAGUCAGCGCUACAUAGACAGUUUGCGGGUUCCUGACAGCGAUCCAGUGCAAUAUGAUUUCGUAUGGGGCCCUAGAGCCCGUUUGGAAACCUCCAAGAUGAAAGCCCUGCGAUAUGUGGCCAGAAUCCACAGAAAGGAGCCACAGGACUGGCCAGAGCAGUACAGGGAGGCAAUGGAAGAUGAGGCCAAUAGAGCUGAUGUCGGGCACAGGCAAUUGCUUGUUCAGAACUUGAGAUAAACAAAUGUGUGGCAGUCAGAGGCCUUGCAAGGCCGGGCCUAGAGCCCUGGUUCUCGUGUAUUGGGGUGGGAGGGUACAUAUUGUAUUUGAUAUUUGUGUUCCAGUUCCAUUUAUGUGUCUUUUCAUAUUUAGUUCUUGUUUGGUAUCUUGAAAAGUUUCAAUUGUUUUAAUAUACUGUCCAGUAUGGUAAAUGUGAUUGACCACUUGCUGUCUCUGUUGUAUUUUGGUAUAAGAGUUUUGAUAGUGUUAUAAAAUGUUUUGGGAAUCUUUCCAUCUUGUUGCAUUAUCUGGAAAAGAAUAUAUAGCAUAUAGCUAUUGAUAUAAGCUUUUCCUUGAAAGCUUGAAAAAAUUCAUCAGUAAGUGAUUUAGCUUCAGAUGUUAAACAUACAAAUAUAAUAACCACCGAAAAGCACUCUAAGUUGUGGCUGGCCUCCCUUUCUUGUCUGCUAUUGUGUAAAGAAUACUGAUGUUUACUUGUAUUUGCUUUGCUGUACUAAAAUGUAUUGAAAAAUAAAAGUGUAAUAAAUCAAAAAAUGCUACUGAA